AUGAGCGUGCCGGCCGGUGAGCCGGGCAACCCUGCCCAUGCCGUCUUCGAGAGGUUCCUGCGUGCGGGCGAGUGCCGGGAGGUGCUGGGCUGCUUCGGGGAGCUGUGCCAGCAGCUGGGGCUGCAGGGCCACGGGCUGCAGCUCUACCAUGGCCUCAAGGCUGCCCUCAACUACUGGAGUGCCAAGGCCCUCUGGAGCAAGCUGGAUAAGAAAGCCGGGCACAAGGACUACGACCAGGGCACAGCCUGUGCCAGCACCAAGUGCCUGGUGGUGGGGGCUGGUCCGUGUGGGCUGCGGGCGGCCAUCGAGCUGGCGCUGCUGGGUGCCCGCGUGGUGCUGCUGGAGAAGCGGGAUUCCUUCUCCCGCAACAACGUCCUCCACCUCUGGCCCUUCACCAUCCACGACCUCCGGGCGCUGGGCGCCAAGAAGUUUUACGGGCGCUUCUGCACCGGCACGCUCGAUCACAUCAUCCUGGGGGUGGAGGUGCAUAUCAAUGUGCAGUUCAAGGGUCUCGUCCCCCCCACGGGCAAAGCAGGUGGACAGGGCGGCUGGCGGGCUGUGCUGCAGCCUGGCUCCUCUCCCCUCAGCCACUACGUCUCAGCUGGUGGCGGCAAAUUUGUCCCCGAAGGGUUCAAGCGGAAGGAGACGCGGGGGAAGGUGGCCAUCGGCAUCACCACCAACUUCAUCAACCGUCACAGCCGGGCCGAGGUGGAGGUGGCCGAGAUCAGCGGUGUGGCCCGAAUCUACAACCAGAAGUUCUUCCAAAACCUCUACAACAAAACAGGCAUCGACCUGGAAAACAUCGUCUACUACAAGGACGACACUCACUAUUUCGUCAUGACGGCCAAGAAGCAGAGCCUGCUCAAGAAGGGGGUCAUCAUCCAGCCGGACGUGGACAUGUUCGACUUCACCUGCAUGACGCGCUCAGAGAACGCGGCGCUGGUGCGGGAGCACAACGGGGCCCGGCUGCUCGUUGGGCUGGUGGGCGACUGCUUGGUGGAGGUGAGGGUCCCCCUUGCAGCACCAUGCCGUGCCUCAGUUUCCCUUCUCCCUGAGGGCUGGNNGGUGCGGCGGUGGGCAGCUGGGACCCCCCCGCUGGAGGUGUUGGCCGAGAGGGAGAGCAUCUACCAGCACCUCUCGCAGACCUCCCCGGACAACACCAACAAGAACAUCAGCCAGUACAGCAUCGACCCGGCCACGCGCUACCCCAACAUCAACCUGCAGGCCAUCAAAGCCACCCAGGUCCGGGACCUCUACCUCGUGGGCAUGGUGGAGGUGGACCACAACAAGAGGAAGAGCGACAACCGGCUCAGCACCG